AUGGCAGCGUUUUCUCUGAAUAUUCAGAAACACGUGGAGCCCGGCCUUGUCACUUCCGGGAAAUUUGACGGCUCUCACGCUUGUUUAGCAGCUGCAACGUAUGGUGGAAAUAUUUUGGUCCACAGCCCUCACAGGCAACCACAAAUAACCGGUCAUGAUCAUGAGCAGGCUGAUAGAAAAUUAUCAUGGAGCGGUGAACUUGCAGAACUUCAAAUAGGAACUGAGAUCACAGCAUUGAGCACUGGUAAAUUUAACGAUGAUGAAAGAGAUGUUCUUCUAAUUGGAACUGCAACUCAUGUCCUGGCAUUCCACAUUGAAGACAACUCUGAUAUUUUUUAUAAGGAGAUGUCUGAUGGUGCAAGAUGUAUUAUCAUUGGCAAGUUAGGCUGGUUCCCCAAUCAGGUUGCCAUUGUUGGUGGCAAUUGUUCUGUAACAAUUUUAGAUUCUCAAGGCACAGAUGUAUUCUGGACAGUGGUAGGAGGUGUAGUCAGCUCUUUAGCUAUCUUUGACUUUGAUGGAGACGACGAGAAUGAGCUGGUCACUGGGACAAAGGAUUUCGAAAUAAAAGUACAUAAAGAAGACAAUAUUCUCUGGGAAACCAAGGAAACAGCCGCAAUUACCACUUUAACCGGACUUCCUAACAGACGAUUCGUUUAUUCAGUCGGGAAUGGCACUCUUGGCGUCUACGAAAUGGCACAAAGACUAUGGCGUGUUAAGUCGAAGCACAGAGUGGUGGUUACUAGGAGCUUCGAUUUGAACGGAGACGGUACACUGGAAGUCAUAACUGGCUGGAAUAAUGGAAAAGUGGACGCGAGGUCGAGCAAUACAGGCGAAGUAAUAUUUAAAAUUCAAUUAUCCGCUGGAGUAGCUGGAAUUGUGGAAGCUGAUUAUAGGAGAAUUGGUAAAUCUGAUUUAGUCGUGGUGUCUUCUACUGGAGAAGUACGUGGGUAUGGUUCCGGUUCUACGAUGGAUACUCCAGAACCUGGCGAAGCUAUGCGUGAAUUAUUGGCAAAAAAGCAGAUACUUCAAAUGGAGCUCAGACAGAGAGCCACGUCUCUGCCUAGUAUGUACCAAGGAACGAAAUUGGCUGUUAAUUUGAUGACAUCUGCGGGCGCUGCUCGUGUUGGUCUUGCUUCAGGGCCUGGAUUACUUAUUUACUGUGCUAUAGUUUUCACCGAAGGUGUAUUCGAUGGAGAAACUCUGGUUGUCCAUCCUAGUAGGCCUAGAGGGGAACUCGAAGUAGAGCUUCGUCCUCCAAAAAACAUCCCAGUGGACAUGCACGUGAAAGUGUGCGUUGGUCCAGCUGGCUCAGAUUUGUUGCAGGUGUUCGAGAUGACUCGUCAAUUGCCUAGAUUUUGUAUGUACGAAGUUAUCAAACGGCCUGUACAAAUUCCGGGGGAUUUCGGGAAAAGUGGCGUUACAACCGAGCUGGCAGAAAGGCCUCAAAGAAUCGCUCUCUGGCUGAACCAAAGUCUCAUCCUUCCGGAGGAAUUUGAAGUUAACGAAGAUAGACAAAACCACGGAGGCAUUGAAAUGUGGCUUCUAGGAAUGAGAGACAACAAGUUUCAUUGCUUCAUAGCGGACUCAAAUGGAAAAGUCACCAUCCAAACAGAUGAUUCCACGUUUGCUGGUGACAUUAUUCAAUCGUUGGCCUUGUACUUGGGGCUGAGAGAGGUGUCUUCUGAACUUUUGGAUUCCCUUGAACGUGUGAAAGAAUUGAAGGAGAUUGACGCCCGGCUGCAAGCAGAGGCAGCCAACGAGACCACACUCUUGAAAAAUAUCAUAAUUCGCUUGGAAGAUGCCAGAAUUCUUGAGAAUAUAGACGAUAUGAGGAAGAGGCUAGUGCAAUUGAAGAAUGUCAACAUGGAUUUGAUCAAGGAACACGAGAUCCGGAUAAAGAGCUAUCGAGAGCUCACGGGAAAUUUGAAAGAAUUGAAUCUUGGAGUGCAACGUGCAGCUAGAUUAAGAGUUGGAAAAAGUGCCUCGAAUACAGUGGCUCGUUGCAGAGCAGCCAUUCAAGACGAAAAUCCGAAAGCACUGGCUUUUGCAAUAAGACACGGAUGA